UUCCGGAUGGAUUGAAGGCGAUGGCGGGCGUGCUUGAAUGUGAAGGCGAGAUGGAGAGAAGGAGGGAUAGAGUGCGGGAAAAAGGUUGAGAGUUGUGGCUGGGGGUGCAUAACCGCGACCACACCGGAGGAAGCAGAUGAUUGGUUGGUUGCAACUUUCCGUGCAGAUCCUAAUGCGGAAGUUGACACAUAAGACCACAUCGGAGGAAGCGGAUGAUUAGUUAGCUGCAACUUUCCGGGCAGAUCUUAAAUGUAGAGGUAGUGGGAAGUAAUAGACUACUGGUGUUGAUCUGUUUUCGGGGUUUUUGAUGCUUUGCUUUGGUUUUGAAUCUGCUCUGAAAUGGCCAGUCAUGGCAGUGGUGCUAAUAAAUUUGUUUCUGUGAAUCUUAACAAGUCAUUUGGACAGUCUUCGUCAUAUAAUUUUAAUCGGGCAACCCAUUUUAAUAAUGGGUCUUAUGGACAAGUUGUUUCAAGUCGUGUUAGGACAGGUGGGAGUGGAGGGGCUGGAAGCGGAGCGGGAGGUAGUGGGGAGGGAAUGGUGGUCUUGGGAAGGCCUAGGAGUUCGCAAAAGGUUGCACCGAAGUUAUCUGUUCCACCCCCCUUGAAUUUACCCUCGUUAAGGAAAGAACAUGAGAAAUUUGAUUUGGGUGGAUCAGGGAGUGGAUUGGCUGCUGGGAAUGGAAGUGGGUCGAGGCCGAAUGCAUCUGGUGGUGGUUGGACUAAGCCGGGUGCUGUUACUUUACAAGAGAAAGAUGAUGGGUUGGUUGGUGAUCAUGUGGAUCAGAGUGUUCAGGGUAUGGAUGGUGCUGUGAAGGGGAGUAAUAGUUAUGUGCCGCCAUCAGCGCGAAUAUCAGGAGUUGGAGGGGGCUCAGGUCAGUCUUCUGUCCAGCCAGCUGAAAAAGCUAUGGUCUUAAGGGGUGAGGAUUUUCCUUCUCUGAAAGCUGCCCUGCCUAUCACAUCAGGGCCGUCUCAAAAACAAAGAGACAAUGUCAGUCACAAGCAGAAGCAGGAUGUCAAUGAGGAGUCGUCUAAUGAGCAGUAUAGGGGUUAUAAUGAUUUGCAUUCCUCAGUUGACAUGCGUCCACAGGGGCAAUACAGCUAUUCUGCAAAUUCAAACGCAUCAAUCGCGACCGGGGGACAAGGUCGCAGGACUGGUGGUUAUGCUAACAUUUCGAAUCGGACCCAUGAAGAUUACCCUUUGCCGCUAGUUCGUUUGAAUCCAAGAUCUGAUUGGGCAGAUGAUGAGAGAGAUACCGGUCAUGUGGAUACAGAUUGGGGAAGAGACAGUGGACCUACUAGAACUGAUGCUUAUUGGGACAGAGAUUUUGACAUUCCAAGGGCUAAUGUGUUGCCAAAGAAGCCCCCUAGCAGUAUAUAUGAUAAUCAGGUGUUGCGGGUGGAUGAUUUUGAUAAGGGUCGUUCCAGUGAAGUCCGAAAGGUAGAUCCCUAUCAGAGAAGUAUGAGACCUCCUGCUCACGAAGGUAACAAUUGGAGAACUACUCCACUCCAGAAUGUUGGACUCAAUAAGCAUGAAGUUUCGACUAGUGUAAAUGCUUCCAGUCAGCCUAUGGGCCUUAGUAGAGACAACUGGAGAGAAAAUAAAUAUGUCCCACCACGUCUUGGACAAGAGGGGAGACAACAGUGGAAUCACAUGGUUGAAUCUAGCAGUCAAAGAUCUGAGCAGAAAGACAGAUUUGGAGCUGAACAAAUCAUUGAGUACAGGGGUGAUGCUCCACAAAAUGAAACAGUGUCCAAAUUUCCAAUUUCUUCAGGUAGUAAAGAGCUUUCAGUAAAUGAUCCAAUUCUGAAUUUUAAUCGGCAGAAACUUCAUGUGCCAAAGAAUGAUAGACCUUAUUCUGAAGAUCCUCUGGUAAAAAAUUUUGGAUCUUCUAGUUUUGGUGAAAUGGAUCCCUUUUCUGGUGGUGGUGUUGGUGUAUUUAAACGGAAAAAAGAAGUGAUCAAUCAGGCUGAGGUGCAUGACCCUGUGAGGGAAUCUUUUGAGGCGGAACUUGAGAGAGUUCAGAAGAUGCAAGAGAUGGAGCGGCAAAGGAUCAUUGAAGAACAAGAGAGAGUUAUGGAGCAAGCUCGUAAAGAAGAAGAGGAGAGGCAACGAAUGAUAAGGGAAGAUGAGGAACGGCGUAGAAGGCUGGAAGAGGAAGCCCAAGAAGCUGUUUGGAGAGCAGAACAGGAGCGCCUAGAGGUCAUUCGAAGGGCUGAGGAACAGAGAAUAGCUAGAGAAGAAGAGAAGAGAAGGAUUUUUGAUGAGGAAGAGAGGCGGAAACAUGCUGCAAAACAAAAGCUUCUGGAAUUAGAGGCUAAGAUUGCCCAAAGGCGUGUUGAAGCACAAAAGUCUGACUGCACAUUUGCUGAAUUUCAGAAUGAGAAAACAUCAUCGGGCACUAAAGAAAAAGAUAUGAGCGCAGAUGCAGAUUUGGAUGAUUGGGAAGAUAGUGAGAGAAUGGUAGAGAGAAUAACAACUUCAGCAUCUUCAGAGUCAUCUGCUCAGAAUAGACCAUUUGUAUCAAGUUCUAGACUCCCACCAUUGGUGAAAUCGUCUUCUGGCUUUCUGGAAAGGGGAAAAACUGUUAAUCCGUGGCGCAAGGAUGUAUUUGAGAAUGCUAAUAGCUCGUCUUUAACUCUGCAAGAUCAGGACAAUGCUCACCUCAGUCCAAGGCGAGAUGCAUUGGUUGGUGAGAGAUCAUUUUUGAGGAAAGAUUUCUAUGGUGGAACUGGUUUCCCUAAUGCUUAUUCUGUAGGACUGCAAGAGGAUCCUUUAGGUGAGUACACUCAUACAAAGGAGAACAGGUGGAAUCUUCACAAGGAUGGAGAUCUCUUUAGUAAGAGCAGCAGGGGAAUCGGUCCAGAGUCAUACAAGAAUGUGUCGGAAAUAAAUGAGGAUGCUGCCUGGGGGCAGGCCUACGAUAGAGGUAAUCCUUAUUCUGCUUACCCUGAACGUCUAUAUCCAAAUGCCGAGGCUGAUGAACUUUAUUCCUAUGGAAGAUCACGAUAUUCGAUGAAACAACCUCGAGUUCUCCCCCCUCCAUCAAUUAAAUCUUCUUACCGAAGUGAAAAUGAACACCCUGGUCCUUCAAGUACCCUAGGAGUUGAUACUCCCUAUAGCUACAUUGCAAGAAGUGAAUCGGCUCCACAGACAGGGUCUUUUGAUGAGUCUGAUGAAUCUGGAGAUUCUCCAGCUAUGCCUGUUUCAGCAGAAGAAAAGGUUGUACCGUUAUCUGAAACUGAUUCUAUUGUUAUGAACAAAUCUGCAGAAGACAUUGUAGUGACAGUAUCAAGCUCUAUGACUGCUGGUGAGGAUGACGAGUGGACACUUAAUAAAAAUGAAAAGUUGCAGGAGCAAGAAGUGUACGACGAAGAUGGUUAUCAGGAAGAAGAUGAAGUUCAUGAAGUAGAUGAGGAAAAUAUUGACCUGACCUCUGAAUUUGAAAAUAUGCAUUUAAAUGAGAAAGACUCAUCUGACAUGAUGGAUAACUUGGUCUUGGGCUUUGAUGAGGGAGUAGAGGUUAAACUGUCAAAUGAUGAGUUUGACAGAAAUGUAAAUAGCGAAGGAAACAAUUGUGAGAUAUCUGAAGUUUCUACUGGGAUUGUAGAUGACCAAGAAUCUGCUGAGGGAAAACAAGGUGAUCCGGGAAAAGUUCAUCCUGUGGAUUGUUUUUCCCGAACAGAUACAGAAAUAGCUUCUGGAAGGAUAGAUAGACCUGAACAAAGUACUCAAGGGAUGGUUAUGCAACCUAUAAAUGAUCCUCCUGUUUCAGUGAUAUGUGAUCUACUGAAUGUUGAGAACACCUUCUCUUCUGGACUAUCUUCUUUGUCAACAGCAUCAUCUUUGGUUGACACAGCAUCGCAAUUUGCUUGUAGUCAGCCUAUUAUGUCUGUUGCAUCUUCUUCUCCAAAACCAGCUGAUUUGCCGGUUAAACUCCAGUUUGGGCUGUUUACUGGUCCCUCUUUGAUUCCUUCUCCUGUUCCAGCCAUACAAAUCGGUUCAAUACAGAUGCCUCUCCAUCUGCAUCUUCCACUUGAUCCAUCAAUUAACCAUUUACACACAUCACAACCUCCGCUCUUCCAGUUUGGUCAACUCGGCUAUACGACUCCAGUUUCCCAGGGGAUUCUCCCACUGCCCCCUCAAUCUAUGUCUUUGCUGCAACCUAGUGUUCAUCAUCAUUAUAAUGUGAACCUUAACUCUGGUGGUUCUUUGCCUAAUAAAUUUAAUGAACACACACAAACCCAACAUUUGGUAAACGAUAAGGUGUCUUCCCUUUCUAAGGCACUAGACUUAUCAGAUAACAAUGGACCAGGAGUCUUGAGUUCAUUUCCAGUGGGGGGAAGUGCUGAUGGAAACAGAACUGGAUUUGAAGUCCAACAAGCUGUUAACAAUAAUUAUCCUAUAAAUUCUGUUUCCCAAGCUGAAGACAAGGUGGUCUCGGAUUCUGCCACUGAGAACGGUGGACAAUUAAAUGGGGGAGGACCUCAAGGGCGAUUGCGAUCAACAGGGAAGUUUGUUUCAUGUGAAAAAGGUAAUACCUCAAAGGGUGAAAGGCCUUUAAUUGGUCACAAGGAAAAGAAAUUGCCUUACCCAGUCAGAAACUAUGGUGGGAGAUCUUUUUCUCAAGAGAAUUCUUACUCAGAUUCCAGGGGUUUUCAGCGUAGACCUCGAUGGGUAGUUCAACGAACUGAGUUCCGUGUUAGGCAAACUUCAAGUGGAUUUCCCUCCAAGAACUCAGGAUUGGAUGACAAGUUAAAUUUAAAUGGCACAGGUGCUGAAGUUUCAACAGGAAGUGGGUAUAAGAGAGGUACCAUGACACCUAAAUCAUUAAAGCGAGUAGUUGAUUCUGAAAGUUCGAAUUCAGGUCCAAUUAGUCCUCAGGAGGUUGAUUCUGAUAACAAGGUUGCAAAGGAACGGGCCAAAGAUGCAUUACCCAAGAGGCAAGGUAAUUCAUUCUCUAGGGAAGAAAACAUGAAAAUGAAUAUCUCUAAAGAGGAUGUUGAUGUCCCUUCACAAAGUGGUGUUGUACACGUUUUUAAACAAUCUGGCAUUGAAGCUCCAAGUGACGAGGACGACUUUAUUGAGGUAAGGUCAAAAAGGCAAAUGUUGAAUGAUCGCCGUGAACAGAGAGAGAAAGAGAUCAAGGCAAAGUCUCGAGUUACAAAGUUAUCACGCAAACCUCGCUCUUCUUCACAAAGUAUCAUGGUCUUAACCAGCUCAAACAAGAAUUGUGCAUCGUUGGGUGGAGAAACAUCAAACAACACCCAAUCAGGUUCCACCUCUGAGAAAGAAGUUUUAAUUGGGUUUGCACCUAUAGCUUCUCAACAAUUAGCUCCGAUUGGCACUCCAACUUUGAAUUCUGAUUUUGGGGCUGACUUUAGAUCGCAUACCAAGUCCCUCCAAGCUGCUGCUGUUCCUGCUGUAGCUGGUGGUGGAAAAGAUAUUGGACAAGAUCUAAUAUACGAGAACAAGAAUAAAGUUCUAGAUACUGUUCAAACACCAUUAGGCUCUUGGGGUAAUGAACCUAUGAGUCAACAGGUCAUGGCCUUGACACAGAACCAACUUGAUGAUGCCAUGAAGCCGGCAAGUUUUGAGACACAUGUAACUUCUAUUGGAGGCUGCACUACAAGUGAGACGGUGUUGGCAUCGUCGUCCAGUUUGACAAAGGAUAAACCAAUGACAUCCUCAGCAAACCCUAUUAGUUCUUUACUUGCUGGUGAAAGAAUUCAAUUUGGUGCAGUUACAUCUCCAACAGUCCUGCCUCCUAGCAUCAGUUGUGUUACUUCACUUGGAAUUGGGGCUCCAGGGUCAUUUUUGUCCAACAUUAAGAUGUCGCAGAACAUCUCUAGGGAGCAGAGCAGUUCUCCUCUGCUUUUGGAGAGAGAUAAUUCCCACCAUGAAUCUUGUGGUAAAUUAGAGAACUCUGAAGAUAAAGCCGAGGCCUCUGCUUCGGCAGCUGCAGUUACUGCUAUCAGUAAGGACAAGACUGCUGUGAAUGGAUUAAGUUGCGUCUCUAAUGCAGAUGCCAAAAACAUUGGAAGUGCUGAUGUUCAUGGGAUAGGAGGUAUGUCAGAUGAUCAACAAUCUGGAAUUCAGUCGAGGUCUGAAGAGUCUCUGAGUGUUUCCCUUCCUGCAGAUCUUUCUGUAGAAACUCCACCAAUUUCAUCAUGGCCGCCAUUACCAAGCCCACAAAAUUCAUCAAGUCAGAUGCUUUCUCAUUUCCAUGUUCCCCCUCCCUCCAAUUUCCCUUAUUAUGAGAUGAAUCCUAUGCUUGGGGGUCCAAUAUUUGCUUUUAGUCCUAUUGAAGAAUCAGGGGGAUCUCACUCACAGCCUCAGAAGAAUCCAGUGUCAGGUCCAGGGCCUGUUGGGAGCUGGCAGCAGUGCCACCCUACCAUGGACUCAUUCUAUGGUCCUCCAGCAGGAUUUAAUGGUCCUUUUAUUAACCCACCUGGGGCUAUGCCAGGUGUUCAAGCCCCUCCCCAGAUGCUGGUCUACAAUCAUUAUGCACGGGUUGGACAAUUUGGACAGGUUGGUUUAAGUUUUAUGGGAACAACUUAUAUACCAUCUGGGAAACAACCUGACUGGAAGCACAACCCCACGUCUUCUGGUCUGGGGAUUAGUGAAGGGAGCAUGAAUAACAUAAAUAUGAUUUCAGCUCAGCACAAUCCUCCCAACAUGCCUACUCCAAUUCCGCAUCUUGCACCAGGUCCAUCAAUUCUGCCCCUGCCUAUGGCUUCCCCUAUGGCCAUGUUUGAUGUGUCCCCUUUUCAGUCUGCACCUGACAUGUCAGUCCAAGGUCGCUGGUCACAUGUUCCUUCAUCACCUCUCCCUAUGGUACCUAUGACACUGCCAUUGCAGCAACAAACAGAAGGCAUUUCAGCAUCAAAUUUUAGCCAUGGGCAUCCCAUUGAGCAAUUCAGAGCAAAUAGGUUUUCAGAGUCUCAAACGUCUGCACCAUCUGACAGCAACCAUGCUUUUCCUGUGGUAGCAGAUGCAGGACAUUCACUUUCCCCUGAUAAACUUGGGUCAGAAGGAACAUCAAGUCGCAUUUCUGCAGGCACAUCCACAAAUGUCGUUACUCAUCAGAGUUCCACCGGAAGUGUCACUUCAGAGACUGGCAAGAGGGAAGCUGUUCAAAAUGGCAGUAAUAACACAAGUAGCGGCCUCAGCAUUAAUUCUUUUAAGCCGCAGCAUUCCCAGCAGAAGAAUUUAUCUUCCCAGCAGUACAGUAAUACUACAGGUUAUGGCUAUCAGAGGGGAGGAGCUUCUCAAAGACACAGUUCAACAAGUGACUGGUCCCACCGAAGAAUGGGGUUCAAUGGAAAGAACUCCCUUGGUCCGGACAAAGCAUUGCCCAAUUCAAAAGUGAGACAGAUUUAUGUGGCUAAACAGACAAAGGGGAGUUCAACAACGGAUUGAUGGAAGCAACGGUGUGAAGCUGUGCUAUGUUGUUUUGUUAAGAUAUAUCGUUUUGGAACUGAUAAAAAAUUCAGAUAAACCAAAAUAAUUUAGCAUAUCAUGUGUUUUAGUAGAUCCAGCAUUGGAUUUUUAAUAUUAAUUAGGAUUUGUUAUAUUUGGACCAGUGAACAGCGCUGAGUGUAAGUUUUGAUUCUGCUAAAUGAAAAAACUUGUCCCUAUAA